AUGGAAUCUAUAGAAGACCUUUCCUUUGCAGAAAGCAAUAAUAGUGUUAUAGCUGAACAAGAACCUCCUUGGAAUAUAAACUUGUUACUCAAUAAAUCAUACACAUUAUAUCAUUGCACGCCACUUUACAAUUUUAAUAAUGGGAAAAUCAAAAAUUACACCAACGAGUUGAAAGAAUAUAUGUUAUCAAAAGAAACAACAAUAGGAUGUGAUAAUGAUGAACAAGAUGAAUUCAAAGAGUUUAACGGUGGCAAAAUUGAGGAGGUAAAAAUUUCGUGGAUUAAUUUGACUGGAUGGUCAGGAGCUCUUAAUAAACCGUUAGGGGUGAAGAUUCUAUUCAAAUCUAAUGGACGGAGAAAAGAACAAGAAUCUCUAAUUGUAAUCUUGCCAAGUAUUCAGAAUGAAGUCUCUUUGUCCAAUUCAGAGUUCACAAAGUAUCCGCUUUUAUUGGUUAAAGCGUUACAAAGCACCACAGAGAUAUUCUUUGAAUGGUUUCAAUCACGUUUUGAUUGUCGCGUGUGUCGAUUCAUUAUUCAACCGUAUCAUCUACGACAAUUUGUAGAAAUUUGGUCAAAAUUAAUGUUCUCUAAUUUGGAUAGUAUUGAAGAUGAUUUUUGCAAAAUAUCCAAAUCAAUCGAGCUUACUUACAAAAUUCCCAACAUUGAUGAUAUCAACAACCUUACCGUUUCUCUAUCAUUUGAAGAUGUGAAACGAAUAUGUCAAGGAAAGAUGAAUCAUACAGGAUCGCAAGAAAUAUCGGGAAUUUUAGAGGAAAUAGAAGACCAUUUGUUUCGAUCACUUCACUUAAAGCUUUCAUUGAUUGUGUUGAUCAAAGUAGGUUUGAAUUCAUUUUACGUUUCAAAUGAUGGCAAAUUAAAGCUCUUUCAUGUCCCUCAUGAUGACCAUGAACAGUUGAUGAUAAAGAUCCUGGAACAAUUUAUUGAACUUGCGGAAAUGUAA